CUUUAAUUUUGAACUCGAUUGUGGAUUUGAUUUGAUUUUCAGUCAGUGUGGUGAAACUAUAUUUUCCCCUUCUUCGUCAGUAUCUCUGCAAUCUGUCCAUACAAAUUUGGUAGUGUUUGUUACUAAGUUGGAUGGAUUUUACAAUUUUCUGCAUAUUAGAAUGUAAUUUGCGAUUGAGAUAUGUGAUUUUCAGAUAUGCUUUAUUUUUUAUGCUUCAUCAAGAUAUGCGAUUGAGAUAUGCUAUAUUCACUACAUUUUUUGGGUACGCAAUUGAGAUAUGUAUUUUUUGGACUGCUUCAUUUUUUGGAUAUGCGAUUUUACAGUUUCUUGCUUCAUUAAAGAUAUGCUUCAUUAAGUUUUCACCUUAACCUGAUUAUGACUAUGAUGUUUUGUUGGCUUUUCUUGUCUAUUAUGUAUCCUUUUCACUGUAAACCAAAUCUACAAUAUCCGUAGUGGUUUUUCCAGAACUCGAACCAGAAUACAGUCAUGACAGACAAACUUUCCGGGAAGAGAGUUGAUCAGGUGGUUGAUUUAGUUGAUUCAUCUCAAACAAGUGAGAAGGCCCCAGUCGAGGCAAGUAACACAUCUCCGUGUACCGACCAUACCCCAACUCUACCUUCACAUCAAUAUGCUUUUCCGAGCCAAUGUAAUAUGAGUUUUAGUGGUCCUUUCUCUCCUUUCCAAUACUACCCCCAUCAAAGCGAUCCCAGGUUAUACCCAAAUAUGUGGAACUUUAUACCACCCGGGGGUUCAGCUCCGACUCCUUAUCAUGAGACACAAGUAUCACAAGCAAACACAUCACCCUUCAAUUCUAAUUAUCCAUUGGUACCGUGUCAAGUUCCUUCACAAAUACAGCCCAGUGUAAGGGUUGCUGAACCACACCAACGUGCAAAUAAGAAUUGGAGCUUGGAUGAGGAUGUAGAGUUGGCCAUAGCAUGGUGUAACGUGUCGACAGAUGCAAGAGUUGGGGUUGGACAAAAGAGACAACGGCUGUGGGAGCGUAUCUGCGAGACUUUUGUCGUACUUAUGGAAGAAAAACAUGGAGUCAGUAAAUUAUAAAAUAAGAGAACAGCAGGAGGGUGUGAGAAUCGGUGGUCAGAAAUUCAAAAUAAAUGUACUAAAUGGUCUGCCAUCCGGGUUCAGGCACAAUCACAUUAUCGGAGCGGUUGGAGCGCAUUAGAUUUUGAGAAAUUUUGUCAUGCAACCUUUACUGAAAGACACGGGACUAAAUUCAAAUGGGAUGCAUGCUGGAACAUAUUAAAAGACCAACCAAAGUGGAUGGAAUUUGGUAGCAGCAAGAAGAGCAAAUUAAAUGAGAGGUCGAGCACUUCGCGUAAUGAAGACGUUGGCGAACGAAAUGAUCAAGGACCUGUUGAAGUACCAUCGCCACUGACCCCUGUAGACAGUAAUAUAUGUGUGAGACCUGUGAAUAUUAAUUCGUCAGCAACAUUCCCCACUCAACCAGAGCUAGUAGGACCUGCUGCAAUCGAUGCGGAACGUCCAAUUGGAGUCAAGAAGGCCAAGGCUGCCAACAAGCCAAAGAAUCAACGACAGCGACAGAUUCAACAGCAUGAGGAGUCCCAGGGAUCGAUUGCUCGAUCAAUCACCGCCAGUUUGAUGAAGAUCGAUUCUGCAAGUAAUGAAAGAUGGUCAAAAUUUGAGGAGGAAGACCGUCGAAGAGAUUUGCAACGAGAAGAGGAGUACGGGGUCAUAUCUGAAAGAUCAAAAACGGAGCAUUCAAUAAAGAUUAAUAAAGAAUAUGCAAAUAUUGCCAUAGAAGUUGCCAACAUUAGUGAACGGUUAAUGGAGGCUGAAGCGAAGUUAGAGGAAUUGGAUAAGGAUAAUCUGGACACUUUCUUCAAAGAUAGACAAUAUGAAAUGCAGAAGGAACAAGUGCAACAUUACACGCGCGCACUCACGAGGUUGAGAGCAACGUUGCAAUCCAUUGACGAAACAAGUCCUACAAGAGCGGAUGUGCCGAAUAUAAGUGGUAGACACUGUGCCAAUAGGAAACGACUUUUCAGCAACACUAGUGAAUCGGAAUGUUCUCUUGAAAAAUGAAACACCAAUAGCGCGGGAGGGUAUGCAUGUUGUUUUAUACUGUGCGUUGCUUUUAACACAGGAAUGGGGGUGCCAUCGUUUAAAUUCUACUGCCUUUUGACUAAUGCAAUGUUUCAUUGCAGAAACGCCAAUACGUUUACAUACUAAUAUGGCGAGUCUGUCUUUUGAUAUAUAUAUAUAUAUAUGUAUAUAUAUUAGAUAGAAGUUAGGAGUAGUAAAGCAACUAACUUAAUUUUGUUUAUGAAUAGGCUGUAAAGUUUUUUGAAGCAGGUCUUACUUCUGGUUGUUGGGACCUAAUUUGUGUUUAUUGUAUAUGCAGUAAAUAUAUAAACUUUUGAGAGGUUUAAGUUUUACCCAACCGAUUGGUGUCAAGCUAGUAUACAAUCCCUCGCAACAAUUUAUUUGGAAAUAGGAGUUAGACCAAAAAAAUAAAUAUACGUGUUUGUUAUUAUUUA